AUGCUGAGAGAUUUUCCGAAGAAAAGAAAGAUCUUUAACAUAGCAGAGAUGAAGGAGAUAGAGGAAACAAAUGCAAGGGCAGACGAGGCCAUCUAUGAGUUGAAGGCCUCUCUUCAAACAUGUUCUCAGGCAUGCAGCCCUCAGGUUACGGUGCAGCCCAUUUCCGAAAGCGAAGCCACCAGACCCCUGAAAGACAUUCUUCUCCAGGGGGGAAGCUCUAAGGAUCCCAGUGAAGGGUUGUACGAGAGACUUUUUCUUGGCUCGGCAACGGUCCAGAGGAGGAGGACGGAAGCAAAAGGCUCUCCGUCUACUGAGGGGGAAAAGGACUUCCAUGAAUUUAGAUAUGAGCUUCUAUCAACGUCGCAGAAGAUAGAGCUUAGCAGAUUUUGUUGGAGUGCAUUUAGGAAGAGGGCUACGAACAUGCUCUUUGCCUGGGUGAAUUGCUUUCAGAAGAAGAAUCGGAUGGGGCGUGGUAGACAAAUUAGCCCUGUGGUGUUCAGUGUCGUCAAGUCGUUGAAAAAAAGGGCAAUCCGCACCAAGUUCAUCUUCCGCUAUGAACCAGACAAGCUGGCAGCGGCAAAGAUAGCAAACAAGAUACAUGAGAACACAUGCGUGGAUAUCGAGAACAUAGAUGUCCUUGUGCUGGCGAAUGCCCUCAAGAAUUAUAUCAGAGAGCACCUUGACGGCCUAGUUCCCAUAGAGGCCUUUGAGAAGAUCAAGACUUGCAUCAUCUCGAAUGAUAGGUAUACAAGAGAAGCAUUGUUCUCGUACAUGCCGUUUAUAUUUACAGAUGCAGAGAGACGCUUGCUCACCUCGCUCUUUGAGCUUCUGAAGAUGAUUGAUAAGAACUCGGAUGCGACGGAGAUGAAUAUCGACUCACUUCUGGGGCUGUUCAGCCUAGUCCUACACCCACAGGCAGCGUUUACAACCCUUGAUGACCUAGAAUAUGUCAAGAUUAUCACGAGGGAGUUAUACCAACUCGACUUUGAUGCCAUACCCCAAGGCGUUGUUGUCCAUGAGCUGGUCUUUGUGUAG